AUGAACUUGAACUUGGACCAGUAUCUAAAGUUGUUUCUGAAAUUGAUGAUAAUAAAAAUUCUAAUGGUAAAGGAAAUGAUUUAGAAAUGAUGGAUGUGGCUGAUGAAAUUAAUGAGAUUAAUGAAAUUGCAGAAUGGAACCAAG